AUGGCCUCGACAACUCCAAAAGGGCUCGAAGAGCUCAGCUCUCUGGUCGACAGCGCUGUCACACUCAUCCAGAGCCUCGAGGCGUCUCUUAAAGAUGUCGUCGACUCCAACAGUGACUCAGGCCCGUCCGCAGACAAAUGGGCCGCCUCGAGGUCACCAGAGGACGAUUCAAAGCCUCUGGACUGCCUAGCCCUCGCGAGAGACUCAGCAACCCUGGUCAAGGCUCAUGCCACCAAGAUUUCUCUCUUUAUUAUCACCGAGCCCUUCACGCCAUCUGCUAUCUCAACGGUGCUCAGGCAGCUCAUCCAGGAGCCCAUACCCGCCAUUGCCUCGGCCGUACAGCUAUGCCACGCCGACUCAUACACGAAGCUUAUCCGCCGGGAUCUGGCUUGGAGGUGUGGACGGGUUCUCAAAGAGACGAGAGAACUCAUCCAGAAGAUCCCCAAGGACGGAAAGGUUCUGCCACAGGGGGAAGCGGGAUGGUCCGUCUAG